UUGUCUUUCAAUCUUUGGAAAUCGAGACAUUUCACGCUUUGUGAGAGAAGAAAAUUAAAUAAGAUUAAAAAAUAUAGCUGGAGAUCAAAUGUAGUUAGAGGCAUUCAAUAUUUUUAGUUAAGGCAUCAGUUGUCAAUUUACUUUUGCAGACUGCUGAUUUAGAUAACAUGUUGUUGGUUUAACAACUCGAUCCUACUACAGUUACGUACAAGAUGCCAACAGUGAUUGCUCUGGAUGUGUCCCUCUCUAUGAGCCGGCCAGUCUUGAUUCCAGAUUGUUCGGAGGAAUAUGAACGACGACAUUUGGCCGUGAAUGGCAUCAAUUCUCUGCUAGACUUUAUGACGCAAAACUGCAAGCUGGAAUUCUUUUCAUUGGUGGUGUUUUCAUAUCUUUGGGAUCAGUUGGUAACAUUCACACGGGAUUUUGAUGCGAUCAAGGCUGCGUUAAACAAAAUUGAAAUCUUCAACAAGACGUGCAUUGAGUCGGUGUUGACGGGAAUUAAGGCUUUGAUUGCUGAUGAAUGGAGCACCAUUACACCCAGUCAGAUAAUUUUAAUAACUGACGGCAAUGCUGGAACAGGUCCAGGAUCACUCAAACAUUCCCUCGAACGCGCAGCAAAAUCACCGGACGAGAAAUUCCCGCUUCCGUUUGCCUUUCCCUGCAUUCUUAACAUUGUGUGUCUAGCCAAUCCAACUGAUCCAGAUCUGCAAAGUUCUCUGCCCCUGUAUCAGAAACUGGUUGAACUUAGCAGCUUCGGUGGUGAGGUGUUUGUACCCGAAACUGUCCUGAAUAUGAAGUCGGUGCAAGAAAUGUUUCUUCGACUGGCAAACCGAUAUUAUGCGCCGUUUUACGGAAACCUUCAUUGUGGUAAUAUGAACUGUGCUGUCCAGCUGUACCCAUCUCCGAACUCCUGUUUACAGAAUCCCACAGGUUGUAAGCCACUUCUUUCUAAUACAUUGAAAAUUUGUGGUUUUCUGGAUAUUGCUGAUGUGUCGAGCCCGCCAACUAUAUCAAGACAUCUUGUGUUACCUGUGGGAACAAAGGAGAAAGAAAAUGAAAAUGAACAAAAAGCUUCCAAGUCUGAUGAUGCAGAUGGCUUGUUGGAUGAUGGACGUAUCCCAGCAUUCACUGUUCUCUUGCAUGGCAGCCUCAAAGUGGAGAGCAUGGUGGCACUCACACAAGUUGGAGAAGACUGGUUUGGACUGAUGUAUUCCUGGGCAGACAGCAAGAAGAAGUCCAAUCUGAUAUUGGCGUUAUUUGAACAAGGUCUGGACACGUUGACGUGGCUGGGUAAUUUCGACCACUUGGCGUCGAUGUCAGAGUUCAGCGAGUCUCCGUACGGAGAGGAUGACAGCAAGACUCCGUUUCCUGUGCGUCCCGCCGAGAAACACAGCUACGCUCAGAGCUGUGUCGUCUGGAUCAAGCCGUCCGGUCUUCAGGCUGAUUUACAGAAGGUGUUGAGACAUGCUAGGAAGCUUCCUGACAAACAACAACAGUUUUAUAAGGAGCUGAACAGAAUCCGACGAGCAGCUCUAGCAUUUGGAUUCUACGAACUUCUCGAAGCUAUGGCUGCCAUGUUGGAACGAGAGUGCACCAUGUUGCCAGGGACGGCACACCCUAGUGCCGCCAUGCAGCUGACGCACGCUGCCAAUGCCCUGCGAAGUGACUCGGCUAAAGACGUUACCGUGACUGUGAUGCCGCUACAGACAAACUUUAGUACUGAAGAUGGAUAGGGUUUAGAAGACAGCAUCAUUUCAUAUGUUUAUUAUGUGUAUGAAUAUAUACAGUCAGUAUAUACAUGUACAAGGUUAGCUCUGGGUGAGUAAAACUAUUCGCCAAAUUGUCUAUUAAACAUCAGAAAUUGAGUUAUUUUCUAUAAAAAAAUUCAAUUACUACAUGAAAUUAUUUCGCCAAACUAAAAUAACAUUUGCCAACUGCUUUCAAAAUUUGCAAUUGGCGAAUUUGGCGAGUGCCAGAGCUAGCCCUGCAUGUAUGUGAAUAUAUAUACAUUCAGAGAAACCGCCCUAAACCAAACACUAAACAACUGGGCUGGGUAGAGCUGAAAUUUAUGCUGUGUUCAGGGUAUACGCCCAAUUUAUUUAAAGAAAAAUGUUGCUGGUGGGGGUGGUUACAGCUCCCAUAGCCCCCCUCCCCAUUGGAAAUGCUAUUGCAACUAAACUUGGAGAUAGUUUUUAAAUACAUGUCAACAUACAGAUAUAUAUAAAACAUACAGUUGUAAAUUGUAUAAACUUUUAUUCAUAAAUAUAAUAUAAAUUAAAAAAUAAAUCUACAUCAAUCAUGAACACUGAAAUGAGGAAAUAAAUGCCUAAAAUAUG